UGAGGGCAGCGCCAGUGGACAGAUCAGCCUGCGCCAGUGGACAAGGACAGCGUCAGUGGACAGAUCAGCCUGCGCCAGGAUGAAGGCACUCAGGGUCGUCCUCCUGGUCUUGCUGUUGAGUGGACAGUCAGGUGCGGGGUGGGCCCAAGAAGAAGAUGGAGAUGUGGACUUGGGGCCAGAGAGCUACGGCUACGAUGAUGACUAUGAAGAGGAGGAAGAGGAGACCAACAUGAUCCCUGGAAGCAGGGACAGAGAACACCUGCAGUGUUACACCUGCCAGGCAAUACACAGCGGGGAGAGCUGCAACCAGAUACAGAGCUGCUACCACAAGACCUUCUGCACCACAUUCAUCUCUCAUGGCAACACUGACCAAGGUCUCCUGACUACCUACUCCAUGUGGUGUACUGAUACCUGCCAACCCAUCACCAAGACGAUAUCUGGCACCCAGAUGACACAGACCUGUUGCCAGUCCACCCUGUGCAAUAUUCCACCCUGGCAGAGCCCCCAAGUCCAGGACUCUCCGGCUGGUGGGGCAGGCAGCCCCGUGGAGGGUGGGGUCAAAAAUCCUCAAGAUGGCAUUGCAGGGAGACCCCUGGAUGUCGGAGUCAGACAUCCUCAAGGUGACAGGGUUGGCCACCCGCCCCAGGUCAAGUCUGCCAAUCCUCAGAGUGGUGGGGCUAGCUUGCCCAAGGGCGGCAGGAAUAACCAGCCCCAGGGCAGUAGGUCAGGAUGCCCUCCAGGCUGGCCCAAAUUUGGUGAUACAGCCCUCCUGCUCAGCCUCCUCACUAGUCUAUGGGCAUCAGGGGCCUGAAGACUGCCUGCCC